AUGUCAUGUCAGUGAGGGGCGGGGAUCACCGCGGAGCUCCUCCCUCCUCCAGGCUGCCGUCACCGGGGCUUGUGGACCGGAGCAACUCGGCACCAACAACCAGCCGCCGGCUGCUCCUCCGUGCUGAGUGAAGACUCGGUGCAGCCAGGAGCCUCCCCGCCGUCUCCGCCCGUCAUUUCUCGCCGUCCACGGUUACCGACAUGGCCUCCGACGGCAUGGACGAGCGAUCUCCGCUGCUGUCGGGUCCCGACUCCGAGAACGUGACCCCCACUGCUCCCCCGUACCUGCAGGAUUCAAGUCCCCGAGCCGAACUACCUCCUCCCUACACAGCCAUUGCCAGCCCUGACGCCAGCGGUGUGCCUGUCAUCAACUGCCGCGUAUGCCAGUCGCUCAUCAACCUGGAUGGAAAGCUGCAUCAGCACGUGGUCAAGUGCACAGUCUGCAAUGAAGCUACACCCAUCAAGAACCCCCCAACAGGGAAGAAAUAUGUGAGGUGUCCCUGUAACUGCCUGCUCAUCUGUAAAGACACGUCCAGGAGGAUAGGAUGUCCUCGACCAAACUGCAGACGCAUAAUCAACCUGAGCCCGGUGAUGGUUAUCCCAGAGGAGCAACCUGCCCAGCCGGCACUGCCCAUCCAACCUGAGGGGAUGAGGGUGGUCUGCGGUCACUGUGGCAACACCUUUCUUUGGAUGGAGCUGCGGUUUAACACGCUAGCCAAAUGUCCCCACUGCAAAAAAAUAUCCUCUGUUGGCAGUGCGCUGCCUAGGAGGCGCUGUUGUGCUUAUAUAACUAUAGGAAUGAUCUUCAUUUUCAUUGGAGUGGGUUUAACAGUUGGUACUCGGGACUUCGCCAGUCGUUACAACGCCACCUAUGUGUCCUGGGCAUUCGCCUACCUGCUGGGCCUCAUCUGUCUGAUACGAGCCUGCUACUGGGGUGCUAUCAAGGUCAGCUACCCAGAGAAUAGCUUCGCCUAGAGCAGGCUCAGCGCGGCACAGCCCUGCACGGCUGGAAGAACAAACCCCACUUUUAGUUUUUAUCAUCUUGCUCAGAUUUCAGACCGGUCAUGUUCAGCAGAGUGGGACGUCUGCAGAGCGUCUGGACAGGAGUGUGUUGGAGAGGUGUUGUGUGUGCGUUCUAUGAGGUGUAUGUUGAAGAUGUACCUUGUUGUGUUUGUGUCUUAGAGAGUUUUGACUCGCUGGACAAACCUAACGUGUGUUGAUCAGUCCUCCUGCUUAGUCCACAAGGACUCAAAUCCCCGGUUUAGCCAAAAUCCUUCAAAAUAUGAAAUCAAGAACUUAAAAAAACCUGUGAUUUCUCUUGAUGAAUGCCAAAAUUUAGAUUUAAAAAUGAUAGUUGUGCAAACUGGUUGGAUUUGGUCUUUCUGGACCACAUUUGUUUUGUCUGUUUCUCAGCACUUGAUUUCUUUUGUUACUGACCAGACCAAAAUGAGACAACCUCCUAAGAACAGUUCGCCCAUUGCACUACGAUUAUAUGCAAUUGUAUGUGUUGUUUUGCUGCUAGUUAAACUCAGCUACAGAAAGCUGCAUACCCAUACUGUAUUGUAACCAUUUAUCUUGCCUGUGUACACUGACAUAGUAUUGCUAUAUGAUUUUAACUCUGGAAAUGAUCAAUUUUUAAAAGAAAUCCUUAAAUACCCGUGUGUGCUAAUGUUGCUGCCCAGUAUUAGUCAAGAAGAGCAAAAGAUCAACGGGGGCUUGUUUUUGUUUGCCAUCAAAGUGUUAAUUUUUUUGGUGCCAUGCAGCUUUGAACUCACCACAGCAAUAACCCAUUUAUUUGACUUCCUUUACCCGCCCUGACUGCGUUUUCGUUGCCUUCUCGCUGGUGGAAAAUGAUCCCAAAACACUUGUGCAUGUUAACUUGUUUAUGCUCUGUCACUGAGGUGGUGUUAUUUCAGUUUUCAGAGAGGUAGCUGAAGCUAUGAUGUUCCUGUCUUUGCUCCUUCUGCCUGUGAGUUAGAAUGUAAAUCCUCCUCUUCCUCCCUCCGCUUAUAAUCGCCGCUCUCUGACCUCCGGUGAACUCUGUGCUAGCUAGCAUUGCUGUAGGCUAACUCAGCAUCCUGUCUCUCGACCUUGACCAGUGGGCACAGCUCAAACUUCUAACCUUGUUUUGAAUGUGAUGAUGAUGAUGAUGAUGAUGAUGAUGAUGAUGAUGAUAAAGCAGAAAAUAAUGUUUAAAAAAAUGCUCUUUGUACAUAGUUCAAAUUCAGUACUUGGAAACUGUAGUAGAGGUGAAAGGAGAAGGUGGCUCUUGGGUCUUUUUAAAAAUGAUAAUUUAUCAAUAAAAUGCAAAAACUGCCUUUAA